AUGAAGAAAAUGAUGAAAGGCUUACAACCAGUUUCCUUACCGGAAUUUGAUGGAGUGUUUUACCCAUCAUUUAUUCCAUUCAGGGAGAAAGGAGCAGAGAAAGCUUUACAGGAUAUCACUAAGUUCCAGUCAAGAGACACAGAUAUAAUGAUAUGCACGUACGCCAAAUCAGGAACACAUUGGAUCAAUGAAAUCACCAGUAUGUUAAUCCGAAAAACACCAGAACUCGAUACUGCAAGCAAAGGUAUGACGAUGCUGGAAACCAUUUCCGAUUUUUCUAUCACAGAUACCCUUCCAUCGCCUAGACUUCUGAACACGCAUUGCUUGUGUCAGUAUCUACCUAAGAAACACAUCGAAAAUAGAAACAAAAUAAUUCACAUGAUUAGAAAUCCGAAAGAUACUUGUGUUUCAUACUAUCACCAUGCAACGAAAGACCAAGUAUUUCUCAGUUUUACUGGAUCUUGGAAUGAGUUUUUCGACAUGUGGAUAUCAGCAAACUGUGCUUAUGGAUCAUGGUACACUUAUGAAAAGGAAAUUGAACAAGCAGAGAAAGAUUAUCCUGACAUGAUAUUCACUUGUUCAUAUGAGGAAAUGAAAAAGGAACCCACUAAAGGAAUACGGAGGCUUUCCGAUUUUUUACAAAUUGAAUGCACAGACAAAACCAUAGAAGAUAUUGCCAAAGCAACAUCAUUUGAGAAUAUGAAAGAACAUAAGGUAGAUCCAACGGCAGUAAUAGACGGAAAUUCAGAAAUUUAUCGAAAAGCAAAACGUAGAAUAUAA